AUGUCUCUUACCUUGACAUUGAGAAAAAUCGGCUUUGACACGUUCAAAAUAAAUCUCUUGACUAUUCCACAAAGUGUGCUCCACAGGAUAACAGUGAUAGGACUGGCGUACAUAUCAGAAAUUUAUGUCUCUCACCAUUCCAACCAUGGUGGGCCAAAUACGGGGUCUUCCCUUCUUGAUAUUCAUCCCAUGCUAUCCAGGUUGGCUGGAACUCGCGAAACUCCAAUGCAGUUAGAACAAGGAUCGUAUCUGCAGCGCUGUACAAUAUUUACCGAAAAUGUGAGUUAG